CGCAAGCACCAUCGCGAGAAAGGUGCCGGCAUCGCGAUGGACGGACCGAAGUACCCGCCGUUGACGGACGACAUGACGGUAUUCAUCCCAAAGAGUGAGCUGCGGCAUCGAACCCUGCUUCCGUCAGUGUUCGAUGCCCAGUUGAUAAUGGAAGGCCCCAUGAUUCCUUUCAUCUACGAGCGCAACUUCCUCGUCAUGACGAAUGAUGGCCUGCGGCACAAACGUUUGGAGGGCAUGUGCAAGGAACCACGGGUCACGACGCGCCCGAAAGACAAGCACCCCAUGCUCAAGAUCGUCGACAUGAUCUCGUGCACGUCGAUUCACGACCGCAAUGAGACAUGCACCCUUGUGCGAGUACGAUGGCAAAACCUCGACUGGACAAACGACACAUGGGUCCUCACGAACCAAGUCGAGAACACGGCGCUGCUGCAGCAAUUCUACGUCGGAGCGUCUUCAUCGUGGCAAACGAGUCAGUUUAUCUCCAAAAUGGCGAGGUAUAGGUAUCCUUCCGAGGAGCAGCUCUGGGACGACGAGCCAGGCAUCGCCGACUGGAAGCGGGAGCACAGAAUUACCGGGCUCACGAAGCCAUCGGAAAAUUCGGCGUCUUUCUCCAGCGCUACACAUCCACACCUACGAGCACUUCCUCCUUCAAGUGGUUCCUCCCGGCCAGUGGACCACCAUCCUCUCAACGACUCGCACCCUUCCAGUCGACGUCCCAACGCCCCGUCGGAGCAGUAUUCGUUUCAUUACGCCCGGUUUGGAACUUCCAAGAAGCACUCCCCCACCGCUACAGAAAUCGCCACCGAUGCGGCGAAGCUCUCAUCGGCCGCUGCUCAAGCGGCAAAGCAGGCAUUUGCCCAAGACAGCCUGGCAACAAGCCAACCCGCUAGACGUAUUAGUACACCCAGGACGCCUCAACCGACUCAGCCGCCCUCACUGAUGCCACGUCGGCACUCGGACACUGCUUCCACGCCACCUUCCUCUGCGCAAAGCUCGAAUCACCAGUCGCAGAGCACCCAUCACCGCCGCGUUGUGUCCCACUCGUCUCCAAGGCGCUCCCCCGAUCGGCAGCUUCCGUUGGAUCAGCCGAGGGUGGUAGACGACGACGUUCGAAAGAAGUCGACUGCGUGGGUUCCGUCCAGGCCAUCCAACAACGAGCUCCAGAGAUCUUCGGCGAGAGCAGUGGUCGAGGUGUCGGAGGCAAGGCACCAGAACGGGGAUGGCAGGCGAGGGAACGACUCGACCAACCUCAGAGACGAUGCACCGUGGGAGGUCAAGGAGCCACGAUCGAAGCGCAUUCGAGCAGCGUCUCCGCUAUCGUCGGAAGCUGCUUCCACGGAAAAGGCUGAAGCAGCGCAUGCCCCCCCUCGCCACUUUGUCCACGACCGACUUGCAGUGCUCGCGGACCGCAGACUCAAGCGACAGAAAGCUAGUCAACCGACAGCAACGACUACAAACUCUUCGAACGCACCUGAAUCCCCAUGGCAGAUCCCUAAACGACAGCCCCCGACGUCAACCGCUGCAGCCCUCCCGUCCAAGUACUGCCCAAGCAAAUUGUCCUUACCAGGUAGCCCCACCACAAGCGACAACGCAUCUGGUCAGGACCAUGGCAUGUCGCCACCGCGCAAGUCGUCCCCAGCGCGGCAAACAUCACUUGCAAAGAGCCAUGCCGCCCCCGCCAAGGAUGGCCUCAGUCCAGUCAGCAAGCAAGGCGCCAGCGACCAGGCUCCAACAGCUCCCACGGCUGCAACAACUCUGGCAAGUCGUUCUGACAAUCAAACGAACGCGACUGCAUCCGUGGAAUCAUCGAAGCCAAACGGUGACGGCCAAGGUUCGUCGAGUGUGUCGAAUGGUGGAUGGGGAAUGGAGACGUCUGUACCUCUAAAGAAAGGCACGGGAUGGGGAGACCUCCCACCGACCAGACCGUCAAGGGGAUGGGGCGAUUUGCCGUCGACAAAGCCAUCGGGUAGUUGGGGCAGUCCUCGCCACGCAUCGUCUCCUCUUCGAGCCAUCACCACGUCCGCUAGAGGCGGUGAUCGGCCUCGUCCGAGGUCACCGUCAAAGGACGCGGGGGUGCGGUCGACGCCAAAUCCAGAGACUGGCACCUCUGACCAGUCGCCCCGCGGGUCGUCGAGUGGCUGGGGACAUCUGCUUCGCCCUGUGGACUCUCUAAUCGACGUCACGCCAGACGCCGCGCUUGAACGACGGCGCGCUGAUAAGUCGUCGUCGCCUCCAUUCGCUUCAAAUCAACUAUUCGCGACUGAAUCGUCGGAAAAUACAACGCGAAAGGAUGAUCUGUCCGACGAGCUCUCGAACCACGACAACGAUGGCUCGCCAAAAGUCACAGCGCAAGCCACGCAAAACGCUGACCCUGUUCAUCCACGUGCUCGCCACGACGUAGUGACUGUACCUGGCAACGCGGAGGGGACUGCUGCUGCGCAAGAACCCCCUCGACGUGACGCGACUCUAGCGACUUCAGCAACAUCGACGGCUGACGAUGGCCCGACCACUGAACCAAGUCCAUCGAAUGCAUCGCCUUGUCCUGCUCCGGUCGUCAUGGCUGCGAAUGCAGCGAUCCCACUAGAGGAACCAAGAUCCGACGUAGGUCAGCAUCCUGUGGAGUCCCAGCCAGAGUCAAAGCACCACGACUCGAUCGAGCCAGAAUCGCCAAACGUCGACGCCGCCCCACGCGUGCCUGGCGCAUCCCAUACACAAGUCGAGCCAACGCCAGCACCCGCUGCUGCGACCCCCGCCGUCAAGAUGCAUGCAGAGCCUAUGCAUCCCUUGUGGCGACCACCAACUCUGCCUCGAUCCGUCAUUCGAUGUUUGUGUGGGGCUACCUCGGUCGAAGACUACAUUGGCGAGUGGGUGCAGUGCUGGACCGAGUCAUGCGGGUCAUGGUUCCACGUGACGUGCGUCCCGACGCCGUUGACCACUCCAUACCGGUGUGCAUCGUGCUGCGGUGUGUCCCGCCCAUCGUUUCCGCCCGUCCCGACGCCUCACCUCUUGUACCUGUGCUGCAAGGCCAACUCGCGUCGAGCAUUUCGCGCUGCGAUCGACAACUUUCCAUCCAAACCUUCCUUUCUCCGGUACAAAUGCCUCGCGGACGACAACUCGAACGGUGUUGUGGUGGCCGCCAAGGUCGGUGCCAAAGCGAUUCUCGAAGAAUUCGUGGCGCUGUUCACCCCGUCUCAAGUCACGAGCAGCGUCAACAUUCUCAAUCAAACCCCUCUACACGUCGCGAUCCUCCACGGCCAUUUCCACUGCCUUCCUGUGCUCACUCGCCUCCAGCCGUUGUGGUUUCAGGUCCCCGAUGCUUACAGCUCCCUCCCGAUCGACUACGUCCUGCAAGUUCAACCGGCGCAGGUCAUCCCGCUCCUCCAAGACCAGCCCGAGCUCGUGGAUGUCGUCAACUCGGCUACGGGAAACUCAAUUGCACACGCCUUGUGUGCAUCCGCGCCCCCCAACUUUGCAUCCAUCUUGGCGCUGCUGCCUCCUUCGCUGCUGGCUUCUGUCAACCAUCACGGCCAAACACCAGCGAUGCUGCUCCUGCGGGCUCCGAACGUGACAAGGAGCCAUUUUCAAGCGCUCGUCCAAUUCUCGACGAACGCUUCGACUUCCAACUCGUGGUGGACCCACGUCGACGACCAAGGCCGCACUGUGGUGCAUUUUGCUCUGACUUACAAGCACGCGUGGGCGUUGGAACUGGUCGACUUGGCUGCGUUUCGAGAGUUCAAGCUGCUGCACAUGGCCGCCGAGCUCGGGUUGGCGCAGGCAGUCGCGCUGCUUGUGUCCGCGCAGUUCUCUCUACGAACGCAGCACGGCGGGGACACCGAGCCAUCGCUGACGUCGACGGGGUGGUGGCCCAUCUUGCAUGCGUCGACACCGACCUGCGUGCUCGAACUACUCCGGACCGACACGAUUGCCCAGCUCGAGUACUUGUACCAGCACAGCCAGACGCACAGCUCCAAGGUAUAUCAGAUCCUCAACUCGAUCGCAUCGCAUUUGCCGCUCUACGACUUUGUCCAAACGAUUGCGCUGGCUAGUCCCGAUCAGUACCUCACCGGACGGUGUCAGUUCCUUCAGCGCUUCCGCAAGUGCCUCCGCCUAGACGUGAAGCUCCUCCAGCUGCAGCUUCACGUGGCAUCGAUCCCUGCUGUCCAGAAGUCCGCGGUGUCGGUGUACGCUCCGUCAGAAGACGAGUUGUGGACAUGCAUCCAGGCCCAGUGCCCGACCACGAUGAACUGGCGCCGCCCGUUCGAGUUGACGAUUCAAACGACGGUUUGGCCGUCAAGACAUCCGCACGUGUGGGACCUCUUGGCGUCGCAACUCCGAAGGCUCGGGUCGCACUUGUUUGACGCGCCGUCGUCUGUGUUUGGUCUUUUGGGACGGCUUCUUGCGCACAUGGUCGUCGUGGGGCAAAAGCUGUCGUCGGCGGUCCUCCCGCCACCGUUUUUGAGCACUCCCGCCGAAUUCAAGCCCGACUUGGCGACCGCAUUCAAGGCCGGAUUCGAUUCGGUGCUGCCGGGCGUUGUAGACAAUUGGAAUGGAUACGAACGGUUCAUCCUGCUGCACAAGGUCGAGUUUCCCCAGACAUUGCAACAGUGGAAGAACGGCCUCGUGACGUACGACGCCCCAUUCCACCCGCGCCACCCAUCGAUUGUGUCGUUCUGGAACGUCAUCGAGUCGGGCUUGGUGCCGCAGGAACAGGUAGUGUGCCGCUUGCGCUGCGGCCAGCCCCUGCGCAUCACGCCUGCUCCGACGGUCGGCAUCGUCGAGAAGACAGUUUUCGGCGUACCAGAGACCAUUUCGUUCGAGAAGCUGCAUGUCGACCUUGUGUUGUACAUCCGAGGCUUUCGAAAGCAAGUCAGGAAAAGGUGAAAGUUGCCAUCGUGAAAUGGGACGGCUGCCCAAGCCCCUGCGCCACACGCUCCACAACCACUCAUUUCGUGCGAGUAGGAGUGCGCUGAGCUCUCGAGUGACUCGCAGGGCAAACGUGUGGUGGUAGUUGCUUCAAUCAGAUAUUUAUUCUUGUACUUAUCCAGCACACGGAUGGACGUCGCCAA